AUGUCCAGCACAACAGAUGAAGCCAUCCAACAAUUUAUGGCGUUGACCAACGGAUCACAUGAACAAGCAUCACAAUAUCUAGAACAAUACGACGGAGAUCUCAAUGAGGCUGUUAAUGCCUUCUUCAUGGCAUCAUCCAACCCUACUCCACCAGCCAAUGAACUUCCUCAUGUCGAGAGGGAUGUAUCUGAAAGAUCAAAUCCUUUGUUUGGUGGUGCUAGAGAGACUUCAAGGGAAUCUACACCUGGUUCUAACAGUGGUAGUGCUAACAAGGAUAACAAAUUUAUGAGUUUUUCAGAUAUGGUGAGAGAACAAGCUGAUGAGGAUGAUGAAGAUGAGACCCAUAGAAAUACGUUUGCCGGUGGUGAGACUUCUGGUCUGGAAGUCACUGAUCCAAACAGGAAUGACAAUAAUAAUGCGAACUCAUUAAUUAAAGAUUUACUGGAAAAAGCUAGAAGAGGCGGUGAAAGAUUAGCUAAGGGAGGUGAUAUGGAUGACGAGGAAGAGGAAAAUAAGCAUCAUUUCAUUGGUAAAGGUUAUAGAUUGGGUUCUACCGUGGAUACACCAAGCCAAGUGGUGGAGGAUAACUCCGAACGUAGUGAAUCUAAGGGAAAGGGACGAGUCAGUAGAGAAAUUACAUUUUGGAAAGAAGGUUUCCAAGUUGGUGAUGGUCCUUUAUUCCGUUAUGAUGAUCCUGCUAAUAGUUUCUAUUUAAAGGAAUUAAAUCAAGGCAGAGCUCCUUUACAAUUGUUAGAUGUCGAAUUCGGCCAAGAAGUUGACGUUAACGUUUAUAAAAAAUUGGAUGAAUCAUAUAAACCACCAAAAAGGCAAUUGGGUGGAUUUCAUGGAAGUGGACAAAGACUGGGGUCACCUAUCCCUGGCGAUUCUCAAAGGUCAAGUGUGGAAUUUACCGCGACUGAAAAUAAAUCAAAUACAGUUUCUCCAGUGGAACAUGAAAAACCCAAGGGUAAUACAUCUGUACAAAUUAGAUAUGCAAGUGGUAAGAGAGAAGUACUACGUUGUAACUCCACAGAUAAAGUCCAGAUUAUUUUCGAUCAUGUUAAAGCAAACACACAGGAUACCAGUAGAUCUUUCACUUUAAACCAUGCGUUCCCAGUAAAGCCUAUUCAGGACUUGAAUUCCACUUUACAAGAAGCAGAUCUGGUAAACGCAGUAGUCGUUCAAAGAUGGGUUUAG